CCAAAAAUUUCAAUCCCUAGCUCUUCCCUCUCUUCUCUCUUCUCCACCUCAAUCUCACUUCUAAACCUAAGUCUAUCUUUUCUUGAGGAUGCGAGGAUGAUGCGAGAACGUCCGAUAAGCUAGCUGUGGUCUAAACCUAAGUCAAUCUCAACCUAAGGCUCUCUUCUCCGCUGGUGACCCUCUUCUGCGCUGCCGUCGACUUCCAAUGUUUUUUGAGUGCAUCACAUAUGGAUAAGAUUGGAUACAUUGUGAUAGAACUGGGACUUUAUACACAGAAGGGAUGGUAAACUUCCUUGAUUUUGCAUUUGCUAACACAUAACAAGGAGGAAAGAUUUUGUGUACUUGUGUGAAUUGUCACAAUUGUGAGUGGGGAAGUCGGGAUGUGGUAUAUACUCAUAUGAUCAUUAAAGGGAUUGACCAGUCAUAUACCAAUUGGUAUUUUCAUGGGGAGGGUGUCUCAUCCUCUAAUGAUGAGUUUCAUUAUACGAAUGAUGACUUGCCACAUAUCCGUGAUGGUAUAGAGGGGUUAUUGUAUGAUGCGCAUCCCUAUAUUUUUGAACACCUCGAGGAUGAAGAAGAUGCCAACAAUGAUGAGCAUAGAGAAUGGGUUGAUAUUGAUGUGGAGAAGUUAUCUCAGUUAUUGGAAGAUUGUAAACAAGAUCUCUUUUCAGGAGCUCCAGUUAGCAAACUUAAUUUCAUUGUUCGAUUAUUCCUAGCAAAGUGCCUCCAUGGAAUGACCGCUGCAUGUUUCACAACAAUUUUAGAGAUUCUAAGAUUUUCAGUCCCACAAUUAAAGACAAUUCCAAAAAGUUUUAAUGAGACUAGAAGCAUGAUGCGGGGGUUAGGUCUUGGAUACAAGAAAAUUGAUGCUUGUAAAAAUGAUUGUAUGUUGUUUUGGAAAGAACAUGCAAAUGCUGAUUUUUGUAGUAAAUGUGAUGCUUCUAGAUGGGUCACAGAUGAGGACAUGGGUUCAGAGAAGGGGAAAAGUGUUUGUUAAAUUGGUUUAUCAUCUAAAGAUGUUUCAUUCCAUACCAAGAAACGGAUUCCAGAAAAAAUAUUGCGUCAUUUUCCUAUAAAAUCAAGGCUUCAGCGUCUUUUUAUGUGUUCAAAAGUUUCUGCAUCUAUGAGUUGGCAUGAAAAUGAUCGUACAGAAGAUGGUAAAUUGAGGCAUCCAGCAGACUCGGAAGCUUGGAGAGUUUUAGAUUCUUUUGACCCAAGUUUUGCUAGCGACCCUCGCAAUGUAAGACUUGGUUUAUCCAGUGAUGGUUUCAAUCCAUUUAGAACAAUGAGUAUUCAGUAUAGUAUGUGGCCUGUAGUUCUUAUGUCAUAUAAUUUACCUCCAUGGAUGUGUAUGAAGCCUCCCAAUUUUAUAAUGGCUCUUCUUAUUCCUGGAAAAGAGUCUCCAGGUAACGACAUUGAUGUUUAUUUGCAGCCAGUAAUAGAGGAGUUGAAAGAACUUUGGGAUUUUGGGGUAAAGACCUACGAUGCCUCAAAGCGUGAGUAUUUCCAGAUGCGUGCUGCUUUAUUCUGGACAAUAAAUGAUUUUCCUGCAUAUGCCAUGUUAUCGGGGUGGAGUACAAAAGGGAGUUUAGCAUGUCCUGUUUGUUGUUAUGACACCAAAUCUAUCUACCUGCGCAAUAGUCGAAAGUUUUGUUAUCUAGGACACCGCAAGUUCCUACAUUUGAAUCAUAAAUGGCGUCAUGAUAAAAAGUCAUUCUAUGACGGAAAGGAAUUGGGUGCUACCCCACCUCUUUUAUCUGGGUCUAAUGUUUUUGAGCAUGUGAAGGACAUAGAAAAUAAGUUUUGGAAGACUCAGUCAAAGAAAAGAGACAAAGAUAGUAGUCCAUGGAAGAAAAAAAACAUAUUCUUUGAGUUACCAUAUUGGAAAUUCAAUAUAUUAAACCAUAACCUCGAUGUGAUGCAUAUUGAGAAAAAUGUAUGUGAUAAGGUACUUGGAACACUAUUAGAUAUGCAAGGAAAAUCAAAAGAUCAUUUGAAAGGCCGCCUUGAUUUAGAAGACAUUGGGGUUAGACAUGAACUUCAUGCAAGAGUAGGUGAAUCCAAUAAAAUAUAUUUGCCUCCUGCAAUAUUCUCUAUGGGAUCAAAGGAGAAAGACAAUUUCUGUAAGGUGCUAAAAGGAGUUAGACUUCCAGAUGGGUAUGCAUCAAACAUUUCUCGAUGCGUGCAAAUCAAGGGACAUAAAGUAUCUGGACUUAAGAGUCAUGAUUUUCAUUUCAUUUUGCAUUAUUUGCUUCAACUGGCUGUACGAAGAUCCUUGCCUACUAAUAUUACAGAGCCAUUGAUUAAACUAGGGGACUUUUUCAGAGGUCUUUGCGCGAAGGUCAUUGACUUGGAUGAAAUUGAUAAGUUAGAAGGAGAAAUUGCUGAAACGCUUUGUAGACUGGAAAUGAUUUUUCCUCCAUCUUUUUUUGAUAUUAUGAUGCACUUACCAAUUCAUCUAGCGCAUGAGGUUAGGCUUGGUGGACCGGUUCAAAAUAUUAAAUCUUUUACGUAUUAAGUUAUUGGUUCCAAG